UGUGCUGCUGACUGUACAAUCUGUCUUCAACUGAAGUGCUGCUGCCUGCUACGUCAGGCACUAUGCGACAUUUUCUUUGACAAUGGAAUAGCUAGCGGAUAUUCUCGGUGAAUGAUUUCAGGAAUAUAGCCUACCAUGCAGCCGGAAGGAACAUUUUACAUGUGCAUGGUUUAGAGGAUAGAGCGCAAUGGCCAGUCCAGCACCAGCAUGCUGCAAUACCCCUUCAUGUCCAGAUGGGGGAGCGGCGGAGGCCCGAAAGACAAAGCGCUUUAUCACGGACGACUGUGAGCUGAGCAAGGAAGAGCUGGAUGGCCUCAUGAGGGAAGGAGAGGAAAGUCGUCCCUUCCUGGUGGUCCAUCAUCUGCUGGAUGUAAAGGAGGCAGGUGUGCCUGUGUUACUGCCUGGGACUCCAGUCAUCUGCAGAGUGGACAGCACAGAGAGAUACACUACGCGCUCCAAGGUCCGUGUGUGCACUCUGUACACUGUGAAGCUGACCCAUGGCAAGUUCACCUGGACGGUAAAAAGAAAGUACAAGCACUUCCAGGAGCUGCACCGUGACCUCUACAAGCACAAGAUGAUGGCCCACUUCCUGCCUCUGGGAAGAUUUGCAGCCCAGAGAGCGCAACUGAGGGCUAUGACAGAGGAGAUGCCAAGUCUACACGGGACUGAGAGGAUGAGACGAACUUCCAGCAAACCGAAAUACCUUGAGGAAUACCUAAACGGCCUUCUGGAGAAUUCCUUUUGUAAGAACUAUCACGGCAUGCUGGAAUUCCUUGAUGUCAGUGCUCUCUCCUUUGUCAGUGAGCUUGGACCCAAAGGCCUGGAGGGUUCCAUCUUCAAAAGGUCAGGAGGUCACCGUAUCCAGGGGUUGAACUGUAUUGGUCAUCACCAGUUCUGCUUUCGCUGGUCAAAGCGCUGGCUGGUGGUCAAGGACUCCUUCCUGCUCUAUAUGAACCGGGAAAACGGGGUCGUCUGCUUCGUACUGGUCUUUGACCCGGAGUUCAAAGUUCAAGUGGGUCGUGCAUAUACUGACACCAAGUAUGGGGUUUGCAUUCAAAACUUCACCAGGAAUCUGGUCAUCAAAUGUAACAGCUACAGACAGGCUCACUGGUGGAGCCAUGAGAUCAAUAGGCUGGCUGAGCCCUGUGAAUUCCUCCAGGUCCAACGCUUUGGGGGCUUUGCCCCGCAACGGGAGAACACACUCACUAAAUGGUAUGUAAAUGGCAGUGGCUACUUUGCAGACCUGGCUGAUGCUCUGGAGCAGGCCAAGGAGGAGAUCUUCAUCACAGACUGGUGGCUCAGCCCAGAGGUUUUCCUGAAGAGGCCAGCUACAGACACAUACUGGCGCCUGGACCAGAUCCUGAAACGCAAAGCAGAACAAGGUGUCAAAGUAUGUGUGCUCCUGUACAAGGAGGUGGAAAUGGCGCUGGGCAUCAACAGUGGCCACAGCAAGAAGACACUGAUGGACAUGCACCCCAACAUCAAGGUGAUGCGACACCCCAACCACAUGUCCGCGGUUGUGUUUCUCUGGGCCCAUCAUGAGAAGAUGGUGGCCAUUGACCAAUCAGUGGCUUUUGUGGGAGGCUUGGACCUGGCCUUUGGGAGGUGGGAUGACAGUCAGUACCGGUUGACUGAUACGGAGACAACCAAUCAUACCUCUGAAGAAGAACCAAAGGCUCCACUGGCUGAGCCAGAAGCAGGUGACCAGGUGGAUGGGUCAGACUUGGCCCAGGGUCCAAAGCCUACAGAGCCAGAGGAGGUCAAGGAGGUCAACCAUGUGGACCUGAAGAACAACACCCAGUUGUGGCUUGGCAAGGACUACAGCAACUUCAUCAGGAAGGACUGGGUCCAACUGGACCGCCCAUUCGAAGACAACAUUGACCGCACUGAGGUGCCCCGUAUGCCGUGGCGUGACUUGUCUGCUGCACUCCACGGCAAAGCUGCCAGGGAUGUGGCCCGCCACUUCAUCCAGCGCUGGAACUUUGCCAAGAUCUUUAAGUACAAGAACAUCCGAGGCAAGUUCUUCCCUUGCCUUCUGCCCAAGUCUCACAGUACCGUUGACCCACCGCCAUUCACUGUGCCUGGCUCCGGGAAGGCCUCCGUGCAGGUGUUGCGUUCUGUGGAUCGCUGGUCAGCCGGAACUUGUGAGAGCUCUAUCCUCAAUGCCUACAUUCAUACCAUCGAGAACAGCGAACACUACAUCUACAUCGAGAACCAGUUCUUCAUCAGCUGUGCUGACGGGAAGAACGUGCACAAUGGCAUUGGUGACGCGAUCGUGAAGAGGAUCCUACGUGCACACAGUGAGCAGAAGAAAUACAGGGUGUUUGUGGUGGUGCCCCUGCUGCCUGGGUUUGAAGGAGACAUCAGUGAGGGAGGUGGGAAUGCCAUCCAAGCUAUACUACACUUCACUUACAGGACCAUGUGCCGUGGAGAGUACUCCAUACUGAUGAGACUGAGAGAACUUGAGAACCAGUGGAGCAAGUACAUCACCCUGUGUGGCCUGCGCAAGCACUGCCAGAUCUCCCAGUCCCUGGUCACAGAGCUCAUCUACGUACACAGCAAGACCCUCAUAGCUGAUGACCGCCGCUACAUCAUCGGCUCGGCCAACAUCAAUGACCGCAGUAUGCUGGGCAGCCGGGACAGUGAGCUGGCUUUGCUGGUGGAGGAUGAGGAGAGGGUCCCCUCCAUGAUGGGGGGAGAGGAGUACCAGGCCGGACCCCUCACUUUGGCACUGCGCAAAGAGUGUUUCAGGGUGCUUUUAGGAGCCGAUUCUGAACCCCAGAUCGAUAUUGAUGACCCGAUCAGCGACCAGUUUUUCUUGUUGGGAUGGAACGCGGCGGCAAAACUGAAUGCUAAGAUUUAUGACAAGGUCUUCCGCUGCCUCCCCUGCAACUCUGUCCACAGCAUGAGGGCGCUGAAGGAGCAUUCAGGCAUAGAGCGCCUGUGUGACACAGACCCCCAACAGGCUAAAGAGGAGCUGGCGGCCAUCAGGGGGCUACUUGUCCACUUCCCCCUCAACUUCCUGUCAGAGGAGAGUCUGCUCCCCCCACUGGGCAGCAAGGAGGGCAUGGCUCCUACAGGACUCUGGACAUAAGAGUACCAGGCUACCAGCCACAAGAGCCAGGAUGACACUGAAAUAUCCCAGUACAGCAGGGGAGAGCUUUAUAGAUUGUAUCACCUUUGCCAAAUACCACGCCAUUGUUAAUUAAAAAGAUUGGAACAAAAUGUAUUCUAAACUGACCUAGCUAAAAAAACACUAACAGAUGUGUCUACGAAGAAUGCAAUUAUAUGCAAGAUUUUUACAUAGCUGUUGAUACAGAGUGGAUUUUAACUCUGUUAAAACGGUGAAACAUUUCAAAACAAACCAGAUGAUAAUGUAUCCCAGGGUUCCCCAAUUGGCGGCCCACAGGUAAUUUUAUUUGGCCCCCCCCAUGUUUUCUGAGUAAAUAAAUUAAAAUAUAUAUUUUUUGGGGACACAAAAGACUGUUAAAAACACCAGCAAAUCAGCUCCAAGUGAUUUUAAUUUUGGAAAUCUGUUCCAAGGUAUUCCCACGCAUAAUGGAGAGAGAUCCACAGUGUAUAAAACAUUAGGAACACCUGCUCUUUCCAUGACAGACUGACCAGGUGAAAGCUAUAAUCCCUUAUUGAUGUCACUUGUUAAAUCCACUUCAAUCAGUGUAGAUGAAGGGGAGGAGACGGGUUAAAGGAGGAUUUUUAAGCGUUGAGAGAAUUGAGACAUAGAUUGUGUGUGUACCAUUCAGAGGGUGAAUGUGCAACUGCCUUUGAGCGAGGUAUGAUAGGGGCCAGGCGCACCAGUUUGAGUGUGUCAAGAACAGCAACGCUGCUGGUUUUUUGAUGUUCAACAGUUUCCUGUGUGUAUCAAGAAUGGUCCACCACCCAAAGGUCAUCCAGCCAACUUGACACAACUGGGAAGCAUUGGAGUCAACAUGGGUCAGCAUCCCUAUGGAACACUUUCAACACCUUGUAUAGUCCAUGCCCCGAUGAAUUGAGGCUUUUCUGAGGCGCAAAGGGGGGUGCAACUCAAUAUUAGGAAUGUGCUCCUGGAAUGUGAUUGUAUACAAAUGUUGGCAAGGUUUAAAAUGAUUGUUUUUGUCUAAUGUUAUAUCUGUUUGGGCAUCUUGUGGUCAAUUUGCAGUCUACAAAUUAUUUUUAAUUAUGUUCCGGCCCCCUAACCAUCCACUCAAGAAAAAAACGGCCCGUGGCUGAAUUUAGUUGAUUCCUGAUGUAUACUAACGCAUUAUGAGCCUUUUCUGUGCUCCAAGUGACUUUGAGACAUGGCUAUUUGAAGGAUUACCACUGUUUUAAUGUCACAUGUACAUUUUUAUAAUGUUGGAUCAUUGCCACACUCAACUGACCAAAUUUGUUUGUUAAUAUAAUACUGAACCUGAGUAUUUCCUUUUUUAAAGGUCUUAGGUACGAGUCUGCCAAUAUAGAACAUAACAGGAACAGAAUGCCACUGUAUGAGAGGCAGGAGGAGGGAUGGAGAUCAGAAGUCAAGAGUCUCAGAUGAUUUAGGAACAUUGCGUACAUUUAUUGUUGCAAGGUUGUGGGUGGAUAGCUCCUCUCUCUGUCUCUCUCAGCCUCUCUCUCCCUCUGCCUCUCUCUCUCUGCCUCUCGCUUCCACUCUCCAUGCAGUGCCAGCAAAUCUGUCAGAACAUUUGUGGUUGUUAUGGUGACGGUUAUAAAGAGCUGACUAGAUUGUGGCCGAAAGAGGAAAGGACAGAUGAGCGAUAGACUGAAUCAGACAGAGGUAUAUGAAAAAAAUGGAAGACGAGGUGGCCUAGCAAAAUCUUGUAGAAGGAGGGUCAUUGGAUUUGCAAGAUAGGCAAUGACGAAAGAGGAAGACAAAGGACCAUAUGGGGCGAAUAGAGGGGAAUGAGAAAAAGAUAUUCAGGGGUGUUUCUGGCGUGCUUUAAUUGUUGCGUCUUUUUGCUGUCACCAUGGCAACCAAGUGAAUUAUUGUUACUAACUUACCCUGUUGUCAGUGGUCCAGAACAUUCCACUACAUUUUGAAAAAGGGGAGCAAAGAAAAAAAUGUUUUUGUAAAGCACAGUUUCUAAUCUUGGAUGGGAUGAGUAAUUUUGACAGUUUUGAUCAAGGAAAAGGUGACUAACUGAAAUCGUAACAUUUAUUUUGUGAUACUGCUUCUACCACCACCACUACUACAGGUGCUUUUAGCAACUCGGGUGUGUUUACAUACACUAGCGUUGCUUUCAAUUGUAUUGCACAAAAACAGUUGGUGGGAAGCCAGACUUUAAAUACAAUUCAAUUUCAACUUACUGUGGAUAUGUGUAGGACAGUUGGUAAUUAUUACAGGAGGAAAUUGAGACAAAAUAUCUAAAGUAUCGUAUUAUUAAACAGACUUUCCAAAUGUGGGUCUGUUGUAGAACCACUUCUUCUCUGCUUACCUCAUGUCAAAAGAAAAGUCCACCACAAAUUAUAAUUUUUUUUGUCCAGAUAUGGAGCAUGUGCAGGACUUUUUAUUUUGACAUGAGGUAAGCAAAGAGGAAGUGGGUCUACAACAGACCCACAUUUGGAAAGUCUGUUUAAUAAUACGAUACUUUAGAUAUUUUGUCUCAAAUCCCCCCUCUCAUAAUGACCACCUGUCCUGCCCACCGGCACAGUAAGUCGAAAGGGAAUUGUAUUUAACUUCUGAAUUCCCACGUACUGUUUCUGUUAAUUAUAUUCACCAUACUACUUUAUGUUGAAAGAAGGGGAGUUGUAGCUCUUUAACAUUUAUAUGACUGAAGUAUUUUCUACUUAUUUUUAAACCAUGUAGGUCUAACUUUCACUAUUUUAACAUUUUUAAUGUGCAUUAAAUGUAUGUAUGCCUGCAACCUGGACUCAGGGGUAGACGUAACAUAGUAAUCGAAAAUCUGGGAUGCUCAAAUUAGUAUAUUUGGUAUGGAAUGCAUUAAUUUGUGGAUGUCCAUUUCAUAUGUUACAAAUGUUCAAUACAUAUAUGUUACGAAUUCCAAUUUGUUGUGGCUAACGUUAGCUAGGUGGCACCCACCCAUCCACCCUCCUUUCAUAUUUGCUUUAUUAAGUUACAUGUCUUUUGUAACCAUACUAAACAUAACAUAUCCCAUAGGGCUGCGCACAAUUGGUCCCAGCGUCAUCCGGGUUUGGCCGUCCAUUGUAAAUAAGAAUUUGUUCUUGACUGACUUGCCUAGUUAAAUAAAGGUUACAUUUAAAUUGAGAAAAAUAUACUAAUUAAACGAGUGUCCCGGAUUUUCGUUUACUUUGUUACGUCUAGUCUACGAGACCAGCCUGAUCACUUAAUUAUUAGAAUAACUAGGCUAUAGUCGAUAGGUUUUUAUUUUUCAAAAUUGUCAUCUGUACGAAUGUAGUUAUCUUUUAACAUUUAAUAAACAUUUUUAUAAGUUGUAAUGUGAA